AUGUGCGGUAUCUUCGGUUACAUCAACUACCUGGUGGAGAAGGACAGGAGGUACAUUCUCGACACACUCAUCAAUGGUCUGCAACGUCUAGAGUACCGUGGUUAUGACUCGGCCGGUCUUGCCAUUGACGGUGACAAGAAGAACGAGGUCUACGCAGUCAAGGAGGUCGGCAAGGUUGCGUCGCUGAAGAAGCUCGUCGAGGAGCAGAACUUCGACCUCAACAAGGUCUUUGACAGCCACGCCGGUAUUGCCCACACCCGAUGGGCCACCCACGGUCCCCCCUCGCGUGUCAACUGCCAUCCCCACAGGUCCGACCCCAACUGGGAGUUCUCCGUCGUCCACAAUGGAAUCAUCACAAACUACAAGGAGCUCAAGACCCUGCUCGAGAGCAAGGGCUUCAAGUUCGAGACUGAGACCGACACCGAGGCCAUUGCCAAGCUCACAAAGUACAUCUACAGCGAGCAUCCCGACCUGAGCUUCCCCUCGCUCGUCAAGGCCGUCAUCAAGGAGCUCCAGGGUGCUUUCGGUCUUCUCCUGAAGUCCGUCCACUACCCCCACGAGGUUGUUGCUGCCCGCAAGGGUUCUCCCCUCGUCAUCGGUGUCCGAACACAGAAGAAGAUGAAGGUUGACUUCGUCGACGUCGAGUACAACGACGAGGGUGCUGCUCUCCCCGCUGAGAGCGCUUCACACAACGUUGCUCUGAAGAAGGGCAACACCCUCCUCGCUCCCCCUGACAAGUCGCUCCUCCACCGCUCGCAGUCUCGCGCUUUCCUCUCCGACGACGGCGUCCCGAUGCCCACCGAGUUCUUCCUCUCCUCCGACCCCUCCUCCAUCGUCGAGCACACCAAGAAGGUUCUGUACCUCGAGGACGACGACAUUGCACACAUUCACGAGGGUUCGCUGAACAUUCACCGUCUGCACAAGGAUGACGGCUCGUCCAACGUCCGUACCAUUCAGACUCUUGAGAUUCAGCUCCAAGAGAUCAUGAAGGGCCGCUUCGACCACUUCAUGCAGAAGGAGAUUUUCGAGCAGCCAGAGUCUGUCGUCAACGCUAUGCGUGGUCGUCUCGAUGCUGUCAACAAGACCGUCACUCUUGGUGGUCUCCGUCAAUACCUCUCUACCAUCCGCCGAUGCAGGAGAAUCAUCUUCGUCGCUUGUGGUACUUCCUACCACUCGUGCAUGGCUGUCCGUGGUAUCUUCGAGGAGCUUACCGAGAUCCCCAUUGCCGUCGAGCUGGCCUCCGACUUCCUUGACCGUCAGGCACCAGUCUUCCGUGACGACACCUGCGUGUUCGUUUCGCAAUCCGGUGAGACUGCCGACUCCCUCGGUGCUCUCCGCUACUGCUUGGAGCGUGGUGCUCUGACUGUUGGUAUCGUCAACACUGUCGGUUCUUCCAUCUCUCUCCUCACCCACUGCGGUGUUCACAUCAACGCCGGUCCCGAAAUCGGUGUCGCUUCCACCAAGGCCUACACCUCGCAAUUCGUCUGCAUGGUCAUGUUCGCGCUCUCUCUUUCUGAGGACCGUGCAUCCAAGCAGAAGAGGCGGGAGGAGAUCAUCGAGGGUCUCACCAAGAUCUCAGACCAGUUCAAGGAGGUGCUCAAGCUCGACCAGCCCAUCAAGAAGCUCUGCGAGAGGUUCAAGAACCAGAAGUCUCUGUUGCUCCUUGGUCGUGGCUCCCAGCACGCCACCGCGCUCGAGGGUGCUCUCAAGAUCAAGGAAAUCUCGUACCUCCACUGCGAGGCUGUCAUGUCCGGUGAGCUCAAGCACGGUGUCUUGGCUCUGGUCGACGAGAACCUUCCUAUUGUCAUGAUCCUUACCCGUGACGACAUCUUCGCCAAGUCGCUCAACGCCUACCAACAGGUCAUUGCCCGUAGCGGACGACCAAUCAUUAUCUGCAACGAGAACGACCCCGAGUUCCCUACCGACAAGACAGACAAGAUUGAGGUGCCCAAGAACGUCGAUGUUCUCCAGGGUCUCAUCAACGUCGUUCCUCUGCAACUCAUGUCCUACUGGAUGGCCGUUGCCGAGGGUGUCAACGUUGACAUGCCCCGCUCUGGGCUUCGCAUCGGCAUCGUCCACGCACGCUGGAACACCAAGAUUAUCGAUGCGCUGCUUGAGGGAACAAAGAGGAAGCUCAAGGAGGCCGGAGUCAAGGAUGAGAACAUAGUCACACAGAGCGUGCCUGGGAGCUACGAGCUACCCUACGCUGUCAAGCAAUUAUACUCGGCCUCGCAAAUCCAGUCCUCUUCCACAGGCGUCGUAGGCGCAGCAGCAGACCUACUGGGCUCGGCCUCGGACCUCACAGCCCUCACCGGACAAGCCUCACAAUCCAAGACGUCCAACUCGCCCUUUGAUGCGAUAAUCGCCAUUGGUGUCCUGAUCAAAGGAGAGACGAUGCACUUUGAGUACAUUUCAGAGGCUGUGAGCCAUGGACUCAUGCGCUUGCAACUCGACAACAACGUACCUGUCAUCUUCGGGCUGCUGACGUUGUUGAGCGAUGAGCAAGGACUUAUGCGCGCAGGCAUUGGUGGUCAGGAUGGCAAGAGCGGACACAACCAUGGCGAGGAUUGGGGGAGUGCGGCGGUGGAGUUGGGAGUCAAGAGACGGGGGUGGGUUGAUGGCAAGUUCGUGGACUAG